GCCCUGGAGGGAAUGCAAAUUGUUCUACUGAUCCUGACAUUGUCAGAAGAACGAAAAUCCACUGCACAAGAAUUGUCUCCUAACUCAAGGUCUCAAAAUCAUCCAAUAGACUUAACUACCCUAAGCACCGUACUUCUUAAACCUAGUGCUAACUCCAAAGUAAUGGAUCAUAUUAACUUGCAUAGGAUCUCAGAUACAGAUGAAAAUAUCUUGAAAUAUCUUCAGAUAGUCCAUGACAUCAAGCUGAUUGACACCAGCUUAAUUGAACCCACACCUACUGUCACUCGGUUACCGUUGUCAGUUUCACCACUGGAUAUUGCCAACAAUUAUCACAGAACAAAGGAGGUCAUAAUUUCCAUGUAUAAUCAAAAUACUUUGUAUUCAGAGCGAGCAUAUUUAAAGGAACGACCAUCUCUGCUUCAUAAUUUUGAGUUAGUGGAUCCUGGACAACUUCUUGGCAAUGUAAUACUGCAUUCCUCAUUUACUACUAGAAUAUACCACAGAGAUUUUGAAACAAUGUCUUCAUCUAGUAACUAUCAAACUGAGCUGGUUUUGAGAACCUCUGACAUCCAUAAUACCAAGAUGUUGAAAUCUUCAAAUGAUGCAGUCACACUGAAAGAGACCAACUACCUGCAUGCCCUUAAGAAUCUCUGGCACACAGAGGAAUCAAACAUUACAGAAGAAAGGGUUUCACUUCUUCCUGCCUUGCCACUUAAUCUGAUGAUUACUUCUGAGUCACAGGUUACUUCUAGCCUUCAUGGUGUAUCAUUUGAAUCGCAGCCACGUCGUAACCUGGAAUUAUCUGUUGUAACAACAAGUGAUUUUUUGAAAGUUGGUGAUCAAAACCUGUCAGCUAUGAUUGCAUCUUACACUUCAAUCUCCAUGACAACAUUCAGCAUGAUGAAAAGUGAUUCUUUAUCUAAUUCUGUCAUUCUGUCAACUUUGUCUACACCUGGAAUCUCUUCAACCUUCUCCGAAUCUGACACAACAGCAGCAGGAAACUUCCUGAACAGAAUAGUCCCUGCAGAAACUAGGGGCCCUGAAAUACUCAGCAAUAUUUCCCAAGUAACUGAAGUAGAUGAGCCUCAAGAAAAAGCAACUAUUUGCCUCAGUAAAAUUGACAUUGCCUGGAUUAUUCUAGCUAUAAGUGUUCCUGUUUCAUCAUGCUCAGUUUUACUUACAGUAUGCUGUAUGCAAAAAAAAAGGAAACCAUCAAACCCUGAAACCAAUUUAAGUUAUUGGAACAACACAAUCACUAUGGAUUACUUCAACAGGCACGCUGUGGAACUCCCAAGAGAAAUCCAGUCUUUUGAAACAACGGAGAUUUGGCAAGACUGCAGAGAUAAAUCUGAUCCAUUCCUUGUGGGAUCAAUUAUUCCAACCCCAAACACUUCCUUGGUGUUUCCCUCCCUACCUCCUCCUCUAACCAAAAAGAAGCAUGCACAUGCCACUGUGAGGACCAGAAGCAAGGGAAAGGGAGAGAUCCAGAGAGCAUUCUGGGAAGGACCAUCUAUCUGAACCUCAGUCCCCUCUGAAUGGUGAUUAUGUAGACACUGGAAUGGUUCUUGUCAAUCCUUUUUGCCAAGAAACAGUCUUCUCAUCGAACAUAGAUUUCCUGAGUUGUAGCCAUGUGAAAAA